AUGGCCCCGUCAAUCACCGAAACAACCCCCCUCCGCGAUACUUCGUUUUCGGUGCCUCUGAAGACCGAUUCAGGAUACAAUAAGGAGAAUAUCAUCGGGUACCGAUACGAAACCGAGGCCGAGUCCAAAGGAACGAUCAAGCAGCCCCCAGCGUCGUUUCCGCACUACCUGCCAGUCUGGGACAAUGAAACUGAGAGAUACCCUCCCCUGGAACAUUUCGAGCACUAUGACCACGGAAAGGACGCCGAUCCUUCGUUCCCCGAUUUGCUCCCAGAGGGCCAGGCCAAGGUGGACGAUCUGACUGCAUUCAUCGGCUCCGAGGUGCAUGGGGUGCAGCUCAGCAAGCUGAGCAAGGCGGGCAAAGAUCAGCUAGCUUUGUACGUCGCGCAGAGACGUGUCGUUGUAUUCCGUGAUCAAGACUUUGCUUCUCUCCCGAUUCAAGAAGCCGUCGAUUACGCGGGCUAUUUCGGCCGCCAUCACAUCCACCAGACAUCCGGAGCCCCCAAGGGCUUCCCCGAAAUUCAUCUCGUUUAUCGGGGGGCGCAAGAUCGUACCGGAGGAGCCUUCCUCGCCCAAAGAACCAACACGAUUGCAUGGCACUCGGAUGUGACAUUUGAAAAACAGCCACCCGGAACAACUUUCUUGUACAUUCUCGAUGCACCUUCCACAGGCGGAGACACCCUCUUCGCCGACAUGGUGCAAGCUUAUAAGCGUCUGUCACCGGAAUUUCAGAAGAGAUUACACGGCCUAAAGGCGGUGCAUUCGGGAGUGGAGCAGGUCAAUGCGAGUCUUCUUCGAGGGGGCAUUGCACGUCGGGAUCCGGUCACUUCAGAGCAUCCUGUCGUGAGAACACACCCGGUCACCGGGGAGAAGGCACUUUAUGUGAACCCGCAGUUUACCCGAUCCAUCGUUGGGUACAAGAAGGAGGAAUCCGAUUAUCUUCUAAAAUUCUUGUACGAUCAUAUCGCCUUGUCACAGGAUCUCCAGGCUCGUAUUCGAUGGAGGGCCGGAACCGUGGUUGUAUGGGAUAAUCGCCUCGCCUGUCACUCAGCAGUCUUUGACUGGGAAGAUGGCCAAACGCGUCACGUUGCCCGAUUGACUCCUCAAGCUGAACCGCCAUUUGAGACACCAUUUGAAGAAUAG